AUGAAGUCCCAACUCCUCCUCCCAGCAGCACUGCUGACCCUCACCCACGCCGCCACAAUCCCAGAAUCCGCAAAACCAAUCAUUGUCCCAGACUCAACCCUCGACGCCGCCAUCCGCGAACCCCUCCAGAACUUCAUCACCGGCCCCGUCCACGGCAUAGACCCCUCCGCCUUCUUCCCCAUCGCUACCCUCUCCGAGAACGACGAGUACAAGCUCGCCGCCGAGGGGGAGGUAGCCUGGGCCGCCAUCGAACUCGAGGCCUCGGCCGCCCUCGCUGGUUCGGUUUCUGCUUCCGAUGAGGGGGAGAACCUGCGUGAUGCCGCGACUGUGGCGGUGAACUCCAUCGCGAGGAGCGGUGUCGCUCCGCCUCCGCCGCCUCCUCAUCCUCCUCACUCGGAUCCCCCGCACCGGGAGCCCCAUGGGCAUCAUGAGGGUAUCACCAGAGAGCAGCUUUGUGAAUACUACAAGGGGAUUGCGUGGAAGACUGGGGACUUGCAGACUGCUGUGUAUCAAUGGCAGUAUGAAUACGUUCCUUGGCUGGUCCACAACAAGGGGCCUUACAUCGUUGUCCUAGACGGUCUCCGUCACAUCGAAUGGGUCCUCUGGAAGAUCGAACAAGCCCUCGUCAACGCACACUUCCACUACGAAGAUGAAUUCGACAUCCUCAAGUGCUACCAAGAGUUCUCCGGUCGCGAACUCCAAAUCACCCACGUCCCAACAACAGCUCCCGCCCUGCCCACCCAAACAACAGCAAACAUGACAAUCGGCCUCCCAACAAACACAAUGGCCCACCACCCCCGCGCCAUCGACGAGCAGCUCGUCACCACCACAGUCACGAUCCAACCCGCCGGACCCACCACGCCGCCGCCGCCACCACCAGGGCAUCCAGAGGACAGACGACCCCAAGAGGCCGGCAACUCGUGGCCUCAUCUCCCCUGGCGCCGCGACCACCCGUCUCUGAAGAAGCUUCUCCGCCUCAUCACGGAAAAGGCCCCCGUGUCAAAGUACCAGUCGUACGCGAACCACCGGAUUUAUAAUGUUUUGAAGCAGCUGGAGUAUACCGCGUUGGCCUCUGCCAAUGCCCUGCGCAGCAAGUUAAGAGACCCUCACCACCAGUCUCUGCUCGACUAUGAUAUCUGGAAGGGGCAGGGUAUCAACCACGCCUUCGAGGUGGCUAUCGCAGCGUAUGAGGUCAUAUGA